AUGAUAAGACCAAAUCUUAAAAAUAGCUGCAACCUCUCCCCUCUGCCUCUUCUUAAUUCCCUUCUCUAUUUCUCUCCUUGGAGCUAUGGGCACAUUGACAGUAUAAGAGUUGGCUGCCUGGCUAUUCAUAUAAAGUCUUGUGGAAACUUUUCGCCUGCGAUCGGUUUGUCUCAAUUUAAAAGUGUGAUGGUUCGCAUCUCUGUAAACAACAUUGUAAAAUCUACAAAAGUUUGUAGCUUGCCAUCCCAACCCGAUGAAAAUGCUAUAAUUACUUUUGAUGAAUUGAAGUACUUUUCCAUACAGAUUCCCAGACGUCAAGAUGACAAACGAAAUAAUAUUUCAUUGGAACUUCUGAAACGGACAGGAAAACAUUCUCACUUGCUAGGAAGUGCACAGAUACACCUUUAUAGUGUGAUUCAGAAAGGGUACUUUACUGAAGAAUUUGAAAUGGUUCAGAAAAACACGUCUGUCUGCAGGUUGAAAGUCGAAUUUUUGUUUUCCUAUGGAAACUUUGGUUUUGGAUUUUCACAUCAGUUACAACCUCUUCGGAGAGGUCCUGCACCAUCUAUGUUUAUGACUGUUACACCACCUCCAGAAAGAACAGACCCUGUCACGAAUGUAAUUACUCCACAGUCAAUAGAAUAUCCAGCAUUCUUAUCCCCAGACCUGGAUGUUGCUGUUGGAAAGCCAUCUGUAGUGGCCCAAGCAAGCAAUCAACCUGUAGUGCAACUUGAAAAACUUAAGCAACCGCCCCGGGAAAGGCUGCAAAGAAUGAAAGAAGAAUAUAGAAAUCUGAACUCGUGGAUGGAUAAAGUUAACUAUUUAGAAAAAAUUCUUAAUUCAAACUUGGAAGAUAAACCUAAAGCAAUUAACCUCCGUGAGGAAUAUAAAACACCGCUUAAAAAGAAAUCUGAAGACAUCAUAUCAUCAGAUGUUCCUCUUUUAGAGAAGAAAAAAGAAAUUACUCCAGAUGAGGAAACAUAUGAAGAUGAUUUAAAAUUUAGUCCUUCUGAAAGUGUUGAAUCAAAAAAAGGGACAGAUUUUCCAGUGUUCAAUAUUCCUAACGUAAUAAUAACAGAAGACAAGGAAAUAAUACCUCCAAUGGAAUACCCAAGUCAAGAGGCCAUGUCAUACCAACAAAGCGACCCUUUGGUCUGUCAAUGCAUUGAAGAUACAUAUCCGUUAAAAAAAACCUCAUUUUCAUCAGAGAAUCCACUUUCUUCCUCACACACAUCUUCCUCACAUGCCUCUACUUCUCAAGACAGUUCAGUAAAAUUUGAGACUUGUGGACAGAAAAAUACAAAUCAAAAAGGAAAAUUGGCGGAUUUUCCACUGGAAGAAAAAGUUUCAUCAUGUUCAAGUCCAAAAUGUGUAAAAUUUAGUUCCACAUGUUUGUUCCAGGACUACAACAUGGAGGACGGUUUUGUGCCUUUUCUAAGAGAUAUAAACAAAAAAAUAUCACCGAGGAGAAGUAAAGAUCAAGAUAUGUUAAAAUAUAGAAGCAGUUCAUAUUCAGAUGUUAUAGAACAUGAAGACCAAGAUCCUCCUUACCCAAUACAGUCAAAACCUGAAAAGCCUGAGAAAGUCUGGAACCAAGCUCCUGAUAUAAUCUUAGUAAAGGACCUUUACCCUAAAUUAGCUCCUGUAGCUCAUGAUCCCAACAUCACAGGAAAUACUUCAGACAUGGAGAAUGAAUUAGCUCAUGAAUCUUUAUAUACCACAGAAAACACUUUAGAUGAUAAGAAUGCACUCGAGGGAACACAACCAAAUAUAUCUUUACCAAACUUUCAAGGAGAAUCAUCAGUGACUGAAAAUGUGAAUGUGGGCUGCCUACCACAAUCAGAAUCAUUAUGUCUUAUGUCCCACAUGGAAGAUUUAAAGCAAUCGAUGGUUCUCAAAUCAAUUUUAAGUAAAGAUCUGCAAGACCUCACAGAUGAAUUAUUUGCUAAACCAGAAAUUCUUGUAGACAUUAAAGUCCAAAAGUCAAGUUCUUUAAUUCUAACUGUUCAGGAUGAGUCAUCAGGUGGUUUGAAAGACAAGAUAUUUGAUAAAAGUCAAGAUUUAGAUAGCUAUAUUUCAGAAAAAAAUAUUUCAAGCCCCCUUUUAAGUUGUACAGAUUCACUUUCAAAGGAGGGAACAGGAAAUAUUCCAUUGGUAGAAAAGGAAAUAGUCUCUGAAAAAAACAUUCCAGCUGGUAAGGAAGAUUUUCCAGUUAAAAAAAAGAGUAGUUUCAAAACAAAACAUUUAGAAACUGAAAAGUCUAACUCCAAAUCAGGUUUAAGUGACAUUGUAUAUGAUUAUGAUAUAAAGAACAUAUUUAUUGUACCUUCCUACUCAUCAGAGAUAGGAGAGCCAAAUGAAACUCAGAAACAAUUCCCCACAGAGGGGAAAAAUUUGUCUUCAAAGAUUCUACUUCAUUAUAAAGAAAACGAAGACAAAAUAGAAUUACCACAGGCCAAAUCUAUUAUAAGUCAGAUAAUACAAGCAUUUCCUAUAGACAUUCUUUUAGAAUGUGGGAUAAUUAAAGUGAUAGAAUUAGAUAAUGAAUAUCACAAAAGAUUUUUACUGGAUUCAGAGACAGCCUUUGCUGAGGAAAAUUUAAAGUAUUCCGCAGAAGAUUCAGAAUCUUUUUCUGAGCAGAAUGUAUCUUUUAUUCCCCAAGAAGCCACUUCUUCUAUUGAUAGAAUUCAACUUAUAAGCAAAGGCAAAAACAUGUCUCUACAGUAUCCAAAAUACAAGUCAACACCAGAUACAAAAACCAAUUUGCCAAGUAAUAGUGAGAGUUUUUAUAGGAAAGAAAAUUAUAUAAGAUAUUUAGAGCAUUUAAGUAACUCAUUAACAGGUAAGCUUGGUGAAUCUGAUAUAGCAAUAAUGUCUUUUUUAAAAGCUAUUUUUAAUGUUUAUUUCAAAUAUUGUCAGUCUGGAAGAAGACAACCAGAAAAAGACCUGGAAAGACUAAUUAACAGAUAUUUUCUAAAUAAUACAGAUUUUGAAGAAAUAAAAGAAAAUUUUGAUAAAGUAAACAAGUUAGACCCAGAACCUCUUUUGAGUUCAAAGCUUUGUGUAUUUCUAGAAGAACUCUCAGAGUCAGAAAUAAAAAAUUUAAAAUCUGAAUUAAGUAAACAUAUCCAGCAUUAUCUUAUAGAAAGGCUUUUAGAAUCAGAACAUAUCACCAAAGAGGACUUACCAAAAAUCUACCAAAAUCUUUAUUUGAUGAAGGAGAAGAAAAAACAAAAAGGGCAGAAUAUUUUUCUGGAAAAAUAUUCAGGAACUAUAAAAGAAGUCAUAUCUUUUGUAAAUAAUUUUAAUCGUCACUUUAUAGAUAAACACUUGGAGAUAAAACUAAGAUCAUUUUUAACUGAAAUUCUCCAAAACUAUUUUCUAAAUAAUUUCUCAGGAAGCAGUUUAUUGAAAGAGUUAGAAUCUAAGACGCUACACUCAAACCUGUCUUCUUCAAGAACCAGAAGUGCCUCCAUAUCCUCUCAUGAGGUAAGACAAGAUAUUCCAAGAAGAAGUUUUGGCAGAAGUCCUGAAAUAAAGAUGAAAUAUCCUCUUAGUAAUUCUCUACAAAACUAUCUGAAAAAUUUAUCAGAAGAUGAGCUAUUAAAUAUACAGGCUAAUUUAAGCAAACGCCUCUAUUGCCUUUGGAUAAAAAAGCUUUCAAAAUCAGGAGUAAUCAAAGAAAGGCAAUUAGAGAGUGCCAAAGUUCAUAUGAAUUUGACAAAUUCUGGUGUCACACAAUUAAAAAGCAUAAAGUCAGAUUUAUGUUAUAAAGAUGAAAAUCAGAAUAUGGAAGAGCACUUAGAAAAUCAAGAUAAACAUCCAGAAAUUGUUCAAAACAUCAAAAUUCCUGAGGAUAAACUUACAGAAAGAGAACUGAUCAGGGAGGAAGAAAAGGAAUCAAAUCCCUUAAAUAAUGUUAAAGGAAACCCAUCCAUUAUUGGGGAACAAAAAAAUAUUUCUACAGAAGCUAAGACACUAUGUUUAGAGUCACAAUCUUCCAGCAAUAAUUCCCAGGUGACUGCAUUAAAUACUGAUUCAUCAGAAAGGCUAACAGAUACAGUGUUAAAGAAACAAAGGAAAGAACAUGGUAACCCCAAGAACCCUAGAGCAGAAAAUGUUGGUUUGAAAACAGAGAUUCAAGAUCCACGCAGUGGGAGUGGCAAAUCAAAACCAGCUCAAUCAAAUGCUUGCUUUGAAAUGAUGCUGAAAACAAAGUCCCUUGACAAAAAGGAGCAUAAUAACUUCUGUAGACUGCUGAUACAGAGAAAUACUGAUGCUGUCCUAGUAGCGUACCCCAGAAUUCCUAGUUGCAAAAUGUCAAAUGAAGAUAAAGAAUAUGUAAACAAAUGCCCUUUUCGUUCUAGGCAGAGCAACACAACUUACUGCAAUUCAGAGUCUGGGGAUAAAUCAAAGCUAGAUGAUCAUUAUUAUCAGAAAUGGAAAGGAAAUAAUAAUAACAACAAAAAACAGCCUUUAGUAAUAAUUGGACAAUGCAAAAAAGAAAUACAAGCUAUUUAUCCAAAGGUAUUUGAAAAUUCCAGGGAAAAAUAUGCUGGGUUCUUUGAAUCACAUCCAUUUAAAGAGAAAAGCUCAAAAUCAUUCCUCUUCCCAGAAGUAUUAAAGACUGGACAUCUAAAGCCCAAAAUCCGAAAAGAAAGAGACCAUUAUGGCAAACAAAAAAAGUCAUUAAAAAAGAUAGGAAGGAUACUGCCAAACACAAUGCCUACCACAAGAAGUCUUCUAAGAAAAUCUGUGCCAAAGACAAUGCUUCAUUGGACUGCAAGAAGAACUAUACAUGAUUGUUCUGAUCGAUUUGAGGAACUACCCGAGAACGCAUUUCAGCAUUUUGAAAAAGCAAAAUCAAGAGCAAGGCAACUAGGCAAGGGCCCAGACGAUAACCGACAUCAUUUGAAACACUCUGGAAGACCGAAUACUGCCCCAGAGAUGAAUAAACGACGAGAUAGCUAUGCUGGAAGACAUACAAAUUCUCGAAUGAGUUCAACAGGCUCAUUUCAAACGAAUGAUCUAGCCCAAGAUUAUGAAAACCAUAAAAUACAGCAAAAAAAAUUUAGAAGAGAAUAUUAAAAGGUGUUUGCUCUUCUGUAAUGUUGUAUAAAUGCUAAAACAACAUAGAACUUAUUAGAUCAACCUUCAUAAUAUCAUUUCUCCAAUUAACAAAAUGGUUUAGAGAUCUAUUAUUUUGUGUGAUAGAAGUCAGCAACCAGAUU